AUAAUGGUGUGCGCGCGGACAGGACGAGCAGAAACACACACACACACGUUCCGGGUGGGAAAGAGGCGCGCGCGGCUGAAUGAAACGGAGCGCAUGGAGCAGCACGCGCAGGAACUCUGACAGCUGAGCCGGUGAAGAGAACGGUCCGGGCUGCGCGAGCUGCAUCCUUCCUCUUACUGCUCACGGAGACCGGUUUGGGUUUGACACCAGGAGUGCAGCGAUGCUGGCGCGGCGGGCUCGAGCGUCUUUCCGUGACCUUUUUUGUCUUCUCAUCCCGGUUAGUCUGAUCUGCUGCGGUUUUCUUUGCGGAAUCGUUGCUUUCAACUUGGAUUUGGAGAAACCCGCGGUGUUCGGUGGACCCGGUGGGAGCUACUUUGGAUACUCAGUGGACUUUUAUCACCCCACGCAGGACAGGAGGGCUGUGUCAGUGCUGGUCGGGGCUCCCAAAGCCAACACCACUCAGCCGGGGAUUGUGGAAGGCGGUUCGGUUUAUUACUGCUCCUGGCCCCCAUCUGAGCAGGACUCCUGCCGCGAGAUCCCUUUCGAUAAAGCAAAUAACAGGAUGGUUAAGGUGAAUGGAACACGGGAGCCGUUGGAAUUCAAAUCCUACCAGUGGUUUGGAGCUACUGUCCGAACACACAGGGGUAAAGUAGUGGCCUGCGCACCUCUGUAUCACUGGCGAACAGUGAAGAUCAGUGGUGAGAUGGAUCCAGUGGGCACGUGCUAUGUGGCUGUGCAGAACUUCAGUGCCUAUGCAGAGUACUCGCCUUGCAGAACAAACAAUCCAGACCCUGAAGGACAGGGCUUCUGUCAGGCCGGCUUCAGCGUGGACUUCACCAAGGACGGUACAUUAGUACUCGGAGGACCAGGGAGCUUCUACUGGCAAGGUCAAGUGAUCACUGCAGGAGUAGCGGAAAUCUUGAAUGGCUACUCCUUGAAGGCAAUUCUCCGAAAGGUGCAGGGAGAGAAAGAGACAGCAGCCGCCUCAGACAUCUACGACGACAGCUACCUGGGAUACUCUGUCGCAGUGGGAGAGUUCACCGGUGAUUCACAGCAAGAGCUGGUAGCAGGAGUUCCUCGAGGAGCACAGAACUUCGGUUAUGUUGCUGUGAUCAACUCCACAAAUCUCACCCUCAUUCAGAAUUUUACUGGAGAGCAGAUGGCUUCAUAUUUUGGAUACACUGUGGCAGUGACGGACAUUAAUGGAGACGGGUUGGAUGAUGUUCUUGUCGGAGCUCCUCUGUAUAUGGAUCGGGAGUUUGAGAGUAAGCCACGAGAGGUGGGCCGGGUUUACCUCUAUCUACAGGAGGACACACUAUUCUUCUCACCUGCCGUAACACUCACUGGCAUACACCUGUUUGGACGCUACGGUAGCACCAUCGCUCCUCUUGGAGACAUCAAUCAGGAUGGUUAUCUGGAUGUGGCAGUGGGAGCUCCGUUUGCAGGCGAGGACCGUGGCGGUUGUGUGUUUAUCUAUAACGGUGAGAGGUCUGGCUUGAAGCUGAAGGCCUCACAGGUGCUCAAAGGAUCCUGGGCUUCGACUGGAAUCCCAGCAGGCUUUGGGUUUUCGCUGCGUGGGGAUUCAGACCUGGACAACAACCAGUACCCUGAUCUAAUUGUUGGUGCUUUUGGAGUUGACAAAGUAGUGGUGUACAGAGCAAGACCUGUGGUUACAGUAGACGCUCAGCUCAUCCUCACUCCCAAAAUCCUCAACCCGGAGAACAAGACCUGCUUCAUGUCCAACUCUCAUAUCAUGGUUUCCUGUCUGAGAGUGGACAUCUGUGCUAAAGUCUCUGGUAUUGGAAUCACAGACAGCGUCGCUCUGAACAUGGAGCUGCAGUUGGACUCACUAAAGCAGCGAGGUGCUGUGAAGCGGGUUCUGUUCCUCGACUCACAACAGCACCACCGCUCGCUGCGGCUGCUUCUGGGCCAGCGAGAUCGCCAACGAUGCCUUAACCACACCAUCUACCUACUGGAUGAGACUGAAUUUAGAGAUAAGCUGAGUCCCAUUAGUGUAGCUCUGAACUACAGCCUGGAUCAGACGUCUCCUUUAUCUGGCCUCCAGCUACGGCCCAUACUGGACCACUACAGCAUGACCUUGCACCGUGAACAGGCGAACAUCUUGUUGGACUGUGGCGAGGACAACAUGUGUGUCCCAGAUCUUGAGCUCUCUGCUAAAAUGGACCGGACGGAGUUGGUGAUUGGCGAUGAAAACCCAUUGGCGCUGACCAUCAUGGCAGCCAAUCAUGGAGAAGGUGCGUAUGAGGCGGAGCUUGUGGUGCGUCUCCCACCAGAGGCCGACUACAAUGGCAUGGAUCGUCGACGGGAGGACGGACAGAUUCUGAAUUGUGAGCACAGGAUGGAAAAUGACACCCAGCUGGUUGUGUGUGAAUUAGGAAACCCAAUGGUGGCUGGAGCAAAUGUAUCUGUUGGUUUGCGAUUCUCCGUUCAGAGGUUAGAAGAUGCUGAAGCUCACAUCGUCUUUGAGCUGCAGAUACACAGCACCAAUAAAGAUAACCCGAAGAGUAACCUUGUGAAUUUGACUCUCAACAUCAUCGCACGAGCACAGGUGGACAUCAGAGGUGUCUCUCUCCCAGCUCAAGUAGUUCUUCCUUUUCCUCACUGGGAGCCCAAAGAGAAGCCAGUCAGAGAGGAUGAUGUUGGUCCUCAGAUCCAGCAUAUCUACGAGCUGUAUAAUAAAGGUCCAAGUUCUGUGAGUGGCACAGUUUUGAAGGUGGGAUGGCCCAGUCGUCAUCGAGACGAGCAUUUGCUCUAUGCCAUGGAGAUCAUCACUGAUGGACCGAUUCGCUGUCACAUCAACGGCUCACUUAACCCACUGGGACUUGAGAUAUCCACUAUGCAAGACACUCCAGAGCUGCUGGGUUUCCUGCGCAACAGCAGCGGGCCGACUCGUCGCAGGAGAUCUGUUACCACCACACACAGCUACAGCAGCAAAACACUGAAUUGCUCUAAUAUCUAUUGCCUGAUGCUGGACUGCAUUGUGGGCCGUUUGGAUCAAGGACAGAGUGCAGUGGUCAAAGUCCGCUCAAGACUCUGGGCUCAUACCUUCCUCCAGAGGCGGAAUGACCACUACCUCGUCAACUCUACGGUAGACUUCCGAGUAACAGGCAUGCCGUACCGUAUCAAACCACAGACCCUGCCGCAGCAGAAUAACUCGAUCGGUACAUAUGUGGUCUGGGCAAUUCCUGAUCUGUCCUUUGCUAUUCCUCUGUGGGUGAUUAUACUGGCCAUCUUACUGGGACUGCUGGUGCUCGCCAUUCUAACCCUGGUUAUGUGGAAGUGUGGGUUUUUUGAUCGAGCACGGCCACCGAAAGAUGACGACGUCUCAGACCAGGAGCAGCUGACAGCCGAAAAAUCGCCAGAAGCAUGAAAGAGACAAGAGGGAAAACAAGAACGUAGGAGAAAUAACCAUGGAGACGGUGAAUGAGGUUUGAUGGAGGGACUUGGGGCAUGUCAAGAGCACCAGAACUAGCAAUUUGACCCUCUCUCCCCUGCUGCACUGCGAUCUGUGAGCCGGGUCACACUGUUGUUCAUGGAAAACUUUAUUGGGAUCAGGCAGAACGUGGGUUUGUGGAUCUGAGGUGCCUUUUCUCUGAUCCUUCAAGGGCUGUGAAAAGAGAACCAACAGUUAAAACCAGCAAGAGAGAAAUCCUGAUCCUUCCGUUAUAAACAACGACGACAAUCAACACACACACCGAGACUGAACGAUGCACGCUGGAAAAAAGAGGAUUUCUCUUUAAAGCACAGGACAGAACUGUAACACUGCUGGGAAUUUCUAUGAGCUGUAAGAUGAGCUUUUCCAAACCUUAUUUUCAACUGAUUUUGCAGGUCUUGAAAUCUUCUCCUCGUGUCCACACACACACACACACACACACACACACACACAUUACUCCUGUAAAUGAAAAACACAGCUUCGGAAUAAGAACACUGAAUACCACGGAAUCAUGACUCAGACCAUUUUUGGGGAAAAUAAAGGUUUCUCGCUUCAAACCCAAACACUUCCCAAAGGCUAAAUCUAAAGCCAUUAAGGGUUCUUGGACUUGUUCUCUGGAGAGAUCCUUAAAGGUUCUGUAUAGAACAUAUACACAACAUCAACUCAGAGGGCGCAUGAAGAAAGAUGGAAUCACAGAGCUGCCAACCGUUACGAAACUUCAUGUUGGAGGGAUCAGACACCAAAAAUGAGCAAAACCGAAAGCUCACUCACGAGGUAUUUCUCGACAACAACUCCGACUCCUGACCAUCAAAUCAUCUCCGCUGAACUUCCAAGAUUUUUGUUUGAGCACAUCUCAAUGUCAUCGUCCAAUCGUGCCACAAAACUUUUUCAAACAGUGCUCCCGGGUUUGAAGUUUCCACAAAAAUGUCAACGUUCGUGUACCAAAACGACUCCUCUCAUCAAUCUCCAAUCAAGUGAAACAUCAAAGAAGAUUGUAGACUCCAUAAACCACCAUCCGUUCUCGUUAUGCACUAACUAAAAGGUGGAUAAGUUUUAUCCCAUCAGUUUGUGUCAGUGUUUUGAUAUUAUUAAUUAUAUCGUAAGUGCUUCGAUUUUCAACAAAACACGACAUGUACAUCAUAUCAGUUAUAUCCGUUGUCAAUACACAUUGAUGUUAUUUAGCCUUGCAUUCUUUUUUUUUUUUAUAUAUAUAUACAUUCACAUAAUACCAGUAGUAGUAAAAAUUCUACUCCAGUUAUAAGGAUUUUUCUACAAUACAAAAGUUUCCGAAUGAGGGUUGGCAGCUCUGGAAUCAAGAACCACUUAAAAAAUCUUAAUCUUCCAUCCGUUCUUCAAGAAUACUGAAAAGUUUUACCCUGUAAUGAUUUUAUUUGCAAUAUAAUUAAUAUUAAUUCGAGCAUGUAUUUUAUCAUACUUUACCAGCUGAACAUUUCACGUCACAGGAGUAGUAUAUAAAUUGAUAAGUAAGUAAGUGCAAUAUUGCGAGAUUU